AGAUAAAAACGUAUAUAGUUUGAAACUGCAAGAAAAUUAAAAUUUUAUAUUUCGAAAUUUCAAAUAUUUUUUAUGCACUAAUGAUUGUAUCAUUAUAGCAAUAAAAUUAAACAUUGCAAUUUGACUUAUCUCUCAGUAAAAAACAUAAUAUAUGCAUUCUUAAUUAAAUAAUAAACAAUGGCAGAAAAUGCUGCUAGUUCAAAUUCAGAGGAAAAUGCUAUUUCCUCAGCUAUGACUCGAUGUUACGAAAACUAUAUUAUUGUUGAUGUUGGUGCCAAUCUUACAAAUAAGAAAUACAGUCGAGAUUUAGAUAGCGUAAUACAAAGAGCUAAAGAUGCAGGAGUCCAGAAGAUCAUGGUUACAGGUGCAAGCAUUCGUUCUAGUAAAGAGGCUUUAAGACUGACAAGAAUAUAUCCUGGUACUCUUUACUCAACUGCUGGUGUACAUCCACAUGAUGCAAAAUCAUGGGAAAAUCCAGAUACUUUACAAGAACUUGAAAGCAUAGCUACAAAUCCAGAAUGCGUUGCAAUUGGAGAAUGUGGUUUAGAUUAUAAUCGUGAUUUUUCUGAUCCUGAGACACAACGUACUGUCUUUCAUAAACAAGUAGAGCUGGCAUGUCAAUUAAAUAAACCACUUAUAAUACACGAAAGAGCAGCACAGGCCGAUGUAUUGGAAGUUCUUAGUCAUUAUAAAAAUCGCUUACCACCAGUUUUAAUUCAUUCUUUUAUUGGAACAGCAGAGGAAGCACAAAUUUAUUUAGAUCAAGGUUUUUAUUUAGGAAUAACAGGCUACUUAUGUAAAGAUAAGUCAGAUAGUGGUAUAAGACAAUUGUUAGAAGCAGGUCAGGCACCAUUAGAUAAAAUAUUAGUUGAAACUGAUGCUCCAUUUAUGUAUCCUAAUACCAGAGCUAGUAAAUUACCUGUACGCGUUAAGGAUGCUUUAACUGAACGAUCCAUGACUUUUCUUCAUCGUUAUUGCACUUUUCAACGCAAUGAGCCAUGUGCCUUGCCAGCUAUAGUCGAAAUGGUAGCAGCUUUUAUGCAAACAACUCCAGAAGAAGUUGCUUUAGCUACUGCUUUCAAUGCUUUAAAGUUAUUUGGUCUAAAUGCGUGAUUUAAAGAUGGACAAUAUUAAAUUUGUUUUAUAUGGUGGUGCUAGUUGGUGCUUCACAAGAUUUAGAUAUUGGUGCUACUAUGUGGUAUAUCUAUUUUUACUUUAAUAAUCUGGUAUCUAUAAAUUUAUUCAAUAUUUACAUCAGAUAAAAUAUUUCGUUGUGAUAGUUAUAUAAAAAAAAUGAGAUAUUAAAAAAGUAAAAAAUAAUUGCAGCACCAAUAUUUAUGCUUAAUUUGUUAUUAUAUCCUUUAUAUACACAAUCUUUUCUUUUUAUUAUGCAAAAUAAAAAUAGUCUUCAGAAAUACUUGAAUAAAUGAAAAAAUAGUUUUUACUAGAACAAUGUUAUGGAUUGUUAAAUUGUUACUUUCAUACUUUUAAUUAUAUGUAAAUAAAAGUAAAAUCGUGGAGCAUA